AAAAUGGUAAAAUUUUGGUGGAUGAUCAUAUUGUUUGCAAAAACGGCUUCGGCUAGUGAUAACGAGUUGCCAGUAUCGGAAUCUGAGAAAAGUUCAAGAUUCCUGCCUCUAUUCGAAAAGCGAUACGACAGGCCAAUAGGUCCAAACCUUCCUCCUUUAACAUCAGCACCAAUAAGUGGAGAUAGAUGUUCAUCGCGACUGGAAUCGGCGUUAGACCAGUUAAAGCGAAGAAAAAGAAACCAACCAAAAAACUUGGACACCCCACACAGUCAAAGCAUUGAUUUGAAUGGGUACAGUUUAUAUCAAACAUUGAGAAGUGCACCGGUUGAUAUGUAUGUUACAAGAAUGCGCGUACGUUUGCCACAAAACAGCAACUGGGUUCGUGUUGAAAAAUGUUAUUUUGACCCAAGAAAUAUCUCACUUGAUACGAUGCUUUUAUUUCAUGAUCUAACUAUAAGUGGGAACGUAGACUUAUAUGAAGCAAGCGAACUUGAUCGAACAAUCCCACCGAGUAGAAGGUUAAGAAGGAACUACGCUGAUCCACCAUACGACCAAUAUACGGGUUUUUCCUCCGAUCGAGGUGCUAGAGGUUGCAACAUGAUACUGAGACUGAGAAAAGCUGGAAUCGGAUUCCAUACACGACCAUUAAACCAACAACCUGGCAAAUUUAAUGUCAAAACUGAUUCAGAGUUCGUUGAACCUGGUUUUAUAAGUGUAUACGCAUAUGGAUGUGAAAAGUAUAUAAAUAGAAAUUCUAUAAAGAAUAAGGACAGUCUGCCUUUAAAACGGAGAAAAAGAUCUGACGAAUUUACUUUUGAACCUCUUCUAAUAGAAACUUUCGCUGAAGAAAAACGAAUGGACGAUAGACAAAAUAACUGGGAUAUUGUUUACGAAGCAAGUAAUAAUAGGUUGAAUUAUGAAAGGAGUAAGCUUUUUAGACCCGAAGAUGAUUUGGAUGAAGUCGAAGAUAUUUCACGUGAGAUGGAAGAUAUAUUUACUAGAGGUAUAAGAACUCUCCUAACGACGUACAUGAAAAAAGAGUUACAGCCGGCUAUCAAAGAUACAUUAAUGAGGAAUAUGGGUUAUGUUAUAUCUUAUGGUUAAUGCCUGCAGUUAUAUGUAAGAUUCUCUGUAUUAAUAAAUAAAAAAUAUACAUAUACAACUGU